GUGUUGAGCUUGGUGGCGCUGUCUUUGCCGGUGACAAAGAUUGACAAGUGAAAGAAACUUGCUGCUUGACAAACAGGAAAAGAUGCCGUUAAAAUGACAUUUCAGCUUCCACCCUGUUGCACUUAAGUAUUAAGUCCAAAAGCGUCCAGAGCAGUUUUGUCUGAAGUCCGGAUCAUGUCCAAACCGAAAUUGGUGGUGUUCGACUUGGAUUACACACUAUGGCCAUUUUGGGUGGACACACACGUGGACCCGCCUUUCCACAAGGAGAAAGGAGGUGUGGUGGAUGCUCGGGGUCACUCCAUCACGCUCUACAGAGAAACGGUGGAUGUGUUGAGCUCUCUACACAGCCAGGGCUUCCUGCUCGGAGUGGCGUCACGCACUGGUGAGGUGAGAGGAGCCAAUCAGCUGCUGUCGCUGUUCACUCUGGACCAAUACCUGUCUUUCAAGGAGAUAUACCCAGGGUCAAAGGUCACACACUUUAAAAAACUGCAGACGGACAGCGGAGUGCAGUUCAGCGAAAUGAUGUUCUUUGAUGAUGAACAGAGGAACAUCACCGACGUCAGCAGACUGGGGGUGCACUCUGUGUUGGUCCAUAACGGCGUUACAGGAAAGCUGAUCAGAGAGGAGCUGAGCAAGUUCUCUAGCAGUCGGCCAGCAGCCUGACGCUUCCCCACCUCAUCCAGCCAUCGAAGACCUGAUGCGUCCUCACUCUCCCUACCGAGGACCCUCGCGAGUCUCUCCCCCACACAC